UUCCAAAAAGAUGAAAGUUGAAGAAAUUCAUGUUGCUUCCAAUAAACAUCCUUUCAAAGUUGAUGACGAAUGCUACUCAAAUUACGGCUCUUACUCUAACUUCAUCGACAACUAGCAAUUCCUUGUGGUUAUUACUUCCAAUAACAAUCAUUUCAAACGAUUCCUCUUAUACCUUAAACAUAAAGAAUGCAAGCAAGCCAAAGGUCCUAAGCUUGACAUUUACGUACUCAAAAUGUUGAUAACCUAAGCUUGACACUGUUACAAUUGUCCCACAUCCAAAUUACUGGUCAGUGAACUUGAAAUUUGAACAACAGUGUUAUGUUGCCUAUUGGGUUUGUCGUGUCACGUUUCAUAAGCAACACAAUACUCACAAAUAGCCAUCUGUUUUAUUGUAAUUACCAAGCUAACAUUUAGAUAAAGCUAACUUGAUUAGGUUGAUGAAAUCAAUUUUGUGAUUCAUAAUUUGCAUACAGAUCGACACUUGGAUACAAGAUAAUUUCUUAGAGGAAUUGAUGUGAACCAGGCACCAGCAAUGGUUGAUUGUAAAGAGGAAUAUGGGUUGUCAUUGCCCAACAACACAAUUUCUAGCAUAAGUGGAAAGAGAAAUGAGAGAGACCUUGUGAGUGAUGAAACUAAGGCUGAGAGAGCAUUUUGCUUUCAUGCCAGUGAUAAUGAAAAUGGUGCUGCUAGUGAUGCCUCAAAAAAUAAGCUUAGGCUUUCAAAGGAACAGUCCUUGGUGCUUGAAGAAAACUUCAAGAAACAUAGCACUCUGAAUCCAGUUGGUGAAAUUUCAGUCAUCGACUUCUUUUGUGAGGAUAGUUUCAGAAUUUUCAAUUUAGGUUUAAUGUUGUUCUUGUGUUAUGUACAGAAGAAAAAGUUGGCAUUGGCAAAACAAUUGAAUCUGAGGUCUAGGCAAAUGGAGAUAUGGUUCCAUAACAAAAUAGGAAGAGAGAGGAAAUCGUGGUGCAAAUUUUGCAAAUUUGUAGUUCGUAAAGAAGAAGAUAAAUGAUAAAGAAGACAAAUGAAAUGAAAUAAGCUUAGAAAAAAAGGUAAGAGCCCUUCCAUCUGUCAUUUAAGGAUUGGAAGCUUAAUUUCACGUCAUUUUUAUUUGUAAUAAUUUUUAAAUUUAAAGGCCUGUAUG